ACACACCAUUAUAGCUUCACAGUGCUGUAAGUAGUUCAGGCUGAAAGGAGCUAAGAGACUUCACUUCAUCCAGCUAAAUAAGAGUUGUUAAUUUUUUUAAAAAGCUCAGUGUUUAUCUUAAUUAUCUCUGUUGGUUGCAAUUCUAUGUAAUCUGGCAGUCUCACUGAACUCAAUGAGCUUAUUUCUGAGCAGGCACAAAUGAAAUUGUACAUUUAGGUAUAAUCCGGUAAUUCAUGCUUCUAACUUCAGGGGUACCAGUCCAAAUAAAUGUUUGUAUUCAUGGGAUUAAAAAAAAGAACCCUACUGAGACGUUUCCAUGGGGCAAGCAAAACAAAUUUAAAUAGCAAUAGAAAUAAACAGAUAGAACAUUGAAAUGGAUCCAACAAUUCAUCCUUUGAACAGCAUCAACCAAUUAGCUAGAAUAGUCCUUAAAAUUGAUCUCCAAGCAAUUCCACAACCUCGUUGCUAUUGUAGAAGUCUUUGGAAACCCAGCUGAAGGUAAAUCAAAAGACAAAAUAUGUAAGGCUGGGUGUCAGCCUUUGAUGUGGGGCUCCAUAGGCAGGUGAGCUAGGGUGAAGAGAGGUUAUAAAACCCUCCCCUUGCCAUUUUUUGUGCCUCAACUCUUCCAAAUGGCCGAGACAGCUCUUCCAAAUUCUCUGGGGUGCCUUGUUUCACCAAUUCAUCUCUUAGCUUGUCAGCAAGUCCUCAAAAUUGGUUAAUCAGAGCCAAAACAUUCUAUCCCACAUCUCUGGUAAAUAAUUGAAAAUUUGAUGUGUAUGCAGAAAUUAUGUUGGCCAUUGCUUUCAAUAAUGGGCACAGCCCAUUUGGCUGUCUCUUCUUUCACCAAACCUAGAACAAAUAUCAUCUUGAUGAGAUCUGUAGGAAGUUCUGUCAUCCAACCUGCCAUAAACCAUCUCAGUGUGGAGUUGUGAAAGUUGGAAUUGAUCCUGAGCUUUUCCAAACUGUUCUGGCAAACUCCCACGCAAGUGCAGAAGUAUUGGUUGGGCUGCCAGCUGCUGUGCCAUUGUUGGUUGAGGCGAGCCUUGUCCCAAAUGCUGUGCUAGUUGCACCACAGCAUUUUCAUGUUUGCACUUGUGGGUGUUGCAAUAAUGCUGCAGCAAGAUGUUUAGCAGACGGGUGCCCUGAGGAUCAGAUGCUAUAUCUUCGAUCAAAGGCAAGAUUCUCUGCCUCUCCUAAUAAAAGGAGUUUUCAAGAUUGGUGUCAGCCCUUCAAGAUAGGCCAAGGCAGGAAACAGACUCCACAAGAUAUACUGGAUCUUUAAUUUAGGCUAUAGUAACAAUCUUGAAAGCCUUUUCCCUUCCUCGUGCUGAAGAGAGCCAGUUUAAAUUUCUUUCUAGAGUUGUCUUCUUUCCUCUGUUUAAAUCAUGUUUGGCUAACUGCUGCAUUCCUUCUCCAAGGUCAUAUCUGUGGUUCUUUAAGCUGGACUUGUAUGAUUGCUGGACCACAAACUUGCAAGCCAUGUUUUAGCCUAAAAUGUGUGAACUUAAUUUGUAUGGUUCAGUAUACUGUACAAACAUAACCUAAAAAGCCUUCUUUUCUGGAUCUUAAGUGUAGGUAAAAUUGAAUUUAGGCAGCUUACCCUUUUAGGACAGUCAUCUCCAAAUUGAUGCUCCCAGCUGUGUUGGAAGUACUGCUCUAAGAAUUCCCAUUAUGAUGUCACAAUGCUUACUGUUGGUGUCAUCAGGACUCUAAAUCAUGUCCAUUCCUGCCAUUUGAAAUGGUGGUCAGUACAUGGAGAGUAGGCAUAUAUGAGCAUCAGGAAAUAAAAUGUCAAGCAGAGGAAGUGCAAGUUCUGGCUCUCUGCCAUCAAAGAAAGGACCAAUAGUUAAGCAUAGCACCAAAUUUAGAGAAGAGGGAGAGUCAACUCCAAGGAGGAUAGUAAAGGAGACAAGAGCUGUUGUCAUAGAUAUUGGUACCGGCUCCUGCAAAUGUGGAUUUGCUGGAGAACAAAAGCCAACGCAUGUGAUUUCAUCUACUGUGGGCAAGCAUAUCCAGGAGACAGCAAAAACUGGAGAUAACAGGAAGGAAACUUUUGUUGGAAGAGAACUUCAGGAUGCAACAAUACCCUUAAAGCUUGUCAAUCCUUUAAGACAUGGAAUAAUAGUGGACUGGGAUUCUGUUCAAGAUAUCUGGGAAUAUAUUUUCCUUAGGGAGAUGAGGAUUCGACCUGAAGAACAUGCUGUCUUAGUAUCAGACCCUCCUCUAAGCCCUACUACCAACAGAGAAAAAUAUGCAGAAAUGCUCUUUGAAACAUUUUGCACCCCUGCCAUGCAUAUUGCUUACCAGUCAAGAUUGUCAAUGUAUUCUUAUGGAAAGACCUCAGGUCUUGUUGUAGAGAGUGGUCAUGGUGUCUCCUAUGUAGUUCCCAUUUACGAAGGAUAUACCAUGCCAAGCAUUACUGAAAGAGUGGACUAUGCUGGAUCGGAUGUCACUCAAUACCUAAUGAAGUUAUUAAAUGAGAGUGUGAAAUUAUUCACAGAGAAAGACUGGAAUAUCUUAGAAGAUAUCAAAGAGAACUAUUGUUUCACUUCACUGGAUUAUCAACAUGAUGCAGCUGCACCUCCCAGGAAGUAUGAGAUUGAAUAUGAGCUUCCUGAUGGGCAAACUAUCAUUAUUGGCAAAGAGAGAUUCUUGUGUUCUGAAAUGCUCUUUAAGCCAUCCUUGAUAAACUCACAGCAGUUGGGACUUCCUCUCCUGACCAUGACUUCCCUCAACAAGUGUGAUGUCACCCUAAAAAAGAACCUGAUGGGCAACAUCUUGUUAUGUGGGGGCUGCACCACGCUCAAAGGCUUUGCUGACCGCUUCCAGAGAGAGCUGAUUAGAAUGUGCCCAAAUGAUAAUCCCAUUUCAUCAGCUUCUCCGGAAAGGAAAACAUCUGUCUGGACUGGAGGCUCCAUCCUGGCAUCUCUCAAGGCUUUCCAGCAGCUUUGGGUUCAUAGGAGAGAAUAUGAAGAACGUGGUCCUUUUUACAUCUACCGGAAAUGUUUCUAAAUCCCCAGCAUGAAUCCCUUCACCUAGAGCCUGUUCAACUGGAUGCAGUUUGGUUGAAGGAAAGGACACACUUUCCCUGCCACCCCAGUAAUACCAACCUGAAUGUUACAUGGUCUGGAUUACAUUCUGUUCUCUGUGUAUUAAAAGCUCAUUGUUGUAACAGCAAAAGAGGGUGUUCCU